GGAGCAUUAGCCAAUCAGAGAGCUCCAUUUACACGCGCUUUCUGAAGCUAAGGACGCGCCGCCAUUUUGCCCGACAACAAGCGAAAAUUCGACAUUUUAUCGGAUUGUUUACAUUGGUUUAUGACAACGCAAUUAUGGUGAAACGUUGCUGUUGGGGCACUUGUAACACUGAUAGCAGAUACCCAGAUCGGCUUCAAGGAGGGAUAGUGUUCAUUCCUUUUCCAAAACCUGGAAGAAACUUGGAAAAAGCGAAGAGGUGGAUACGCUUGUGUGGUCGUCCCCAUUAUCAGUUAAAUGAAGAUAUACUCAAAGAAAGAGGGAAAGCGAAACAUUUAUAUGUGUGUUCAAAGCAUUUUGUCAAUGGCCAACCAUCUGAGAUUCAUCCUGAUCCAGUGUCUGCAGUCAGUUAUGAUGCAUUGACACCAGCUCGAAAACCACCCACCAAAAGAGGGUCAAGUUCAGAAACGAGAACUACAUCUAAGCGACAGAUUUUGAUGGACACUAGUACUGAUAUGAAUCAGCACAAUGAAGCUGGCAGUGAUGUGUUAAAGGCAUCUUCUGAAAUCCAACAUGUUUCAACGACUGCAACUACAAUUUCUCAAGCAUCAGCAACAGAAAAUGUGAACCCAAUUCUUCCUGGUUGUAAUCCACUUGAAAUACUGGCCAUUAUUGCUGACAAUACUGCAUUAACUGAAGAGAAGGAAAAACUGCUCCGAAUUAAUUUUGAACUGCAACAACAAGAUUCAGGACGAUUUGGAUAUAAAAAACUGAAGGACACUGAUUAUCAGUAUUAUACAGGGUUUUCUAAAGACCGGUUCAAUGUUUUAUACUCAUUUUUAGUACCAACAGAAGAAGAUCCUAUUAUAUGGAGUAAAACUCUUAAAGGUGCAAAAUCGUUGUCAACAAAGGAUCAGCUCUUGCUUGUUUUGAUAAAACUGAGACAAAACUUUGACUUUAAACAUAUUUCAUAUUUGUUUGAUAUAUCUGUGCAAGACUGCAGUGCAAUAUUCACCCACUGGAUUAAUUUGAUGUUUUUUAGACUAGGUAGUGUAGAUAUAUGGCCUCAUCGUGAAGUAAUAAUCGAAAACAUGCCUGAAAAUUAUAAGAAAGAUUUUCCAGACACUUUCGUCAUUAUUGACUGUACGGAGUUAAAAGUACAAAAGCCCAGUUCUCUCAAUCGACAGAGUCAAUGUUAUUCUGACUAUAAGUCAUGCACAACUUUGAAAGGACUUGUGGGCAUAGAUCCAAGGGGGUCUGUAAUAUUUUCUUCCAUGUUAUUCUCUGGAUCAGUAUCUGAUAAAGUUAUUACAAAGGAGAGUGGCUUCCUUAAAGUAUUGUCAGACCUUAAACAAUGUGGGAAAUUACAAAAUGGUGAUGGAGUUAUGGUGGACAAAGGGUUUAAUAUUGAAAAGUAAAUCGAAGCUAUUGGUCUUCGACUAAACAUUCCACCUUUUGCGUCAUGUGCAACACAGAUGAAAGCUUCAGAGGUAACAGAAACUGUCAAGAUAGCCAAACAUCGUGUACAUGUUGA